CGUUCAACAUGUCCGCUCCACAUCUCUGAAGCGUUUAGCUCCAGAGUACACAGCAAAGAUGACGGCGACAGGCGAAGGCCUGAUGAACUUCACAAUGCACCGGUUCGAGGAUACCGACAAGGAAAACGACGUGCCGGUGUUGAGUCUAAUCCAGUUCUCCCGACCCCCAUUUUUGAACUUCGGGGUCGUGAAGGUCGGAACCUGCAGGUCCGCGGAGCUGCUGGUGGAGAACCCCAAUGACGAAGGAGAGGCCGAGGUCUGGGUGGAGAAGAUCCCCUCCGUGAGAGGGUUCUCUGUGGACCGAGACUCCUUCACCGUUCAGCCCAAGUCGUCCACCACUCUGACUGUGACAUGGACGCCCACAGAAGACGGCGGGGUUCGAGAGGUCGUCGUUUUCAACGUCAAUGGGGUUCUGAAGCACCAGGCGAUUCUGUUGGGCCGGGCUGAAGCUCCUAAGAAGAAGAAGAGAAGCUUGUGGGAUAAAAUGAAAACCCAACAAAAGGCAGGCGGGAACUCUGGCUCCCCCCGGCGGAGGUGGGAACAACCGCUGCUUAAGAUGGCGGGCAACAGAAAUAACCAGUUGAGCCGAAAUCCUCGGAGCAAGCGUGACAAAGUUCGUAGCCCGCUUGCCUCGCUUAAUGAGUCUAAAGCAACCCAAAAAGGAGCCGCGGUCCGCCGGUGCGAGCUACAGCAGCCAGAGUCUUUUAAAGUUGUGAAGAGUUCUAGUCAAGUUCGACUGCUCCCGCCCAGUACAAAAUCGCAGCCUGAAAACAAAAAUCCCACGCGGUUGCUAAACAAAACCAUGUCACCUGUUGGCACCCCCGACCACAUGAAGAAGCUCAUGCCUCGCAUUGAGACACAGAGUCCCCUUCCCACAGCUCUGGACUUUGCUGGACUACCGUCCAUCAGUGGUGCACUAGCCCUCAUCAACUCUGACCUGUCUCUCCGCCGUCCAUAUUAUCCCGAGUUUUCAGAUUCCUUGGAAUCUCCCAUGUCACACAAAGCCUUGCCCGAGACCCAGAAUUUGCCCAGACUGACAUUUUUUGUCAGUAAGGCCACUCUUUCGUGCCAAAAAGACCCAGAACCGCCCAAAAAACUGAAGUUCAGCACAGACACUGUGGUGAAGGCAAAAGCACCAGUUCCAGAUGGGCAGUGUGGACGUGUUAUGAAGAAGUCCAGAAGGAGGAUCCUGCCGAACCAGCCAGAGCACUGUCCUGUUCAAGACAUCAGGAGCCAACUGGAGGUUCACAUGUCCAUGGGCCCAAGUUUGGAUGCGUCUAUUACUAUCACCUCUCCGUCUUCUGCUCCUGUGGUCCCCUUUACACCUUCAAGUCACUCCUCACCUCUCCAGCCCUGUUCUCCAUCUUCAAUCAACCUGGAAUGUCCCCCUUCUGAUGCUAAGCUGGAGCCCUCCACCCCUUCUCCUCAGAAGCCUCCCUCUAUUCACCUUCAUGUGAUGAGCAAGAAGAGGAAAAGUGAGGAGGGUAUGAAGAGCAUGCAGACGUCAGACGGCAUGGGUGAGCUGGGUGGCCUCAAGAGGUCAAAGGUCACUCGGAGCAAGUCUAUCAGGGAAGUCCCUCUGAAAAAGUCCGCCCGUAAAAGCAGACCUUCAGGAUCUGCUUCCAUCAGGUCAUCCAGAUCUUCCUCCCUGAAGACUUCCCGAGUUCCUGCUGUUGCAAAGACCACCUUGGUCUUCUGCAGAACAGCUGAAACUGCGGUUCCACGGCACCCGCUCCCCUUUGCUGCCAAGAACAUGUUCUACGACGAGCGCUGGAUGGAGAAGCAGGAGCGAGGAUUCACCUGGUGGCUGAACUACGUCCUCACUCCUGAAGACUUCAGAGUGACCACUGAGGUCACCACAGUGAGUGCCACGUGCCUCUCAGUGGGGGCCAAUGAGAAGGUUAGCGUCGUCAGGGCGCCCACCAAAGAGGAAGUGUCGUUCAGCAUGUACACGGCUCACCGCCGGCUGAACCGUCUCCGUCGUGCAGCUUGUCAUCUGUUCACCUCGGACGCCAUGGUGAAGGCCAUCCAGAAGUUGGAGCUGGAGGUGGAGGCACGCCGACUGGUGGUCCGCAGAGACCGCCCUUUGUGGAGAGACAUUGGUAAACGUCAACAAGUCCUCACCUGGAUCCUGUCGUACAACCCGCUGUGGCUGCGCAUUGGCCUAGAGACCAUCUUUGGCGAGCUUGUCCCUUUGACCUGCAACAGCGACACUGUGGGUCUGGCCACAUUUGUCCUCCAGCGCUUUCUGUGGAACCCUGACAUUGCUGCUCAGUUCAGACACCCGACAGUUCCGCACCUUUACAGAGAGGGCCACGAGGAGGCACUGUCGCGCUUUACCUUGAAGAAGCUGCUGCUUUUGGUUUGUUUCCUGGACCGGGCCAAACAGUCACGGCUCAUGGAACAUGACCCUUGUCUCUUCUGCAAGGACGCCCAGUUCAAGUCCAGCAAAGAUCUACUGCUGGCCUUCUCCAGGGAUUUCCUCAGUGGCGAAGGUAUCCUGCCCCGUCACCUGGGUUACCUGGGACUCCCGGUCUGCCAUGUUCAGACACCUCUGGAUGAGUUUGACUUUGCUGUCACCAAUCUGGCUGUGGACCUGAGAUGUGGAGUUCGACUAGCGAGGGUGAUGGAGCUGCUGCUUCAUCAGUGGACUCUGUCAUCCAAGCUUCGUCUUCCUGUCGUGAGUCGCCUCCAGAAAGUUCAUAACGUGGACGUGACCCUGCAGCUGCUGCAAAGCCAUGGAGUGCAGCUGAAGGACGAGCAUGGCUCCGUCAUCACUGCCAAGGACGUUGUGGACGGGCACCGAGAGAAAACACUGAGUCUCCUCUGGAUGAUCAUCCUUACUUUCCAGGUGGAGACUGUUCUGGAUGAGAAGCAGCUGAAGGAGGAGAUCUGCUUCCUUCAGAGGAGCUUUAGGACUUGCAAGUCUGACCACACUUCUCUCAGCUGGGACUCAUACCAACACCCAUCAACCAAGAUUGGCUUGCUCAUGGAUUGGGUUCGCUGUGUUUGUGCUUUCUACAACAUCAAGGUGGAGAACUUCUCGGUGGCUUUCUCAGACGGUCGUGUCCUCUGUCUCCUCAUACAUCACUACCAUCCAUGUCUCAUUCCGCGAGCUUCUGUGGGUCUCAGAACUACGCAGACUGUGGACCGUCCCAGUAGGGGGUGCGUGGCGCUGGACUGCUCCAGCGAUACAGACUCCUUCUCAGACAACCUCACUGACACAGAUCCACAGAACACGGAGUUCACAGAACUUCUAGAAAAUGAAAAGAAGAACUUCAGGCUGGUGAACUCAGCUGUGAAAUUCCUGGGAGGCAUACCGGCCAUGAUCCAGCUGAGUGACAUGUCCAACACUAUCCCCAAUGAAAAGGUGGUGAUGUCAUAUGUCACCUUCCUGUGCGUGCGACUUCUGGACCUGCGGAACGAGACCCGAGCUGCUCUGCGGAUCCAGGCAUUCUGGAGGAGCCACUGUCUCAAAAAAGACCAACUGCUCCACAAGAGACGCAGCACUGCUGCCGUGAAGAUCCAAACACUCGUGAGAAACUUCUUACGGAGGCGGCGAGACCAAAAUCGAGCUAGAGCAGCUCUAGUCAUCCAAACCAUGUGGAGAGGGUUUGAGGUCCGAAGACGCCUGAGAAGAGAACAAGAGGCUGCGCUGCAGUUAAAGCAAGACAUUGCAGCAACCUUGAUCCAGACCCAAUGGAGACGGUUCAUGGCUUUGAGGAGUUACAAGCUGAUAAGAACCAGUGUCCUGCUCAUUCAAACUGCAUGGAGAACUCACAGGGCUGUUCUGCACUUCCAAAGACUCAAGGGCGCAGCACAGGUCAUCCAAGAACACUUCAGAGCCAGAAUUCUGGCCCGGGCUGAAAGAAGCACUUUUCUUGCUAUGAGAAAUGCAGCUUUGAAAAUCCAGAGAAGCUUCCGGGGUUGGAGGCGCAGCCGAAUGGAGCGGGAGAACCAAGCUGCCACUGUGAUCCAGACUUCUUUCAGGCGGUGGUACUGGGUCAGGGUACAGUCUAAGACUGUUGCAGCCAUCAAGAUCCAAGCGGCCUACCGAGGGAAGAAGACCAGAGAUUCUCUUGAGAGACAAAAGCGAGCAGCGACCCUGAUCCAGGCGGUCUACAGAGGGAAGAGGACAAGAAAAUCUCUGAUCAGACGACACAGAGCAGCAACCCUGAUCCAGGCGGUCUACAGAGGGAAGAGGACCAGAGGCUCUCUUGAGAGACGACGCAGAGCAGCAACCCUGAUCCAGGCAGUCUACAGAGGGAAGAGGACCAGAGACUCUCUUCAGAGACGACGCAGAGCAGCAACCCUGAUCCAGGCAGUCUACAGAGGGAAGAGGACCAGAGACUCUCUUGAGAGACAACACAGAGCAGCAACCCUGAUCCAGGCAGUCUACAGAGGGAUGAGGACCAGAGACUCUCUUCAGAGACGACGCAGAGCAGCAACCCUGAUCCAGGCAGUCUACAGAGGGAAGAGGACCAGAGACUCUCUUGAGAGACGACAAAGAGCAGCAACCCUGAUCCAGGCUGUCUACAGAGGGAAGAGGACCAGAGACUCUCUUGAGAGACGACACAGAGCAGCAACCCUGAUCCAGGCUGUCUACAGAGGGAAGAGGACCAGAGACUCUCUUGAGAGACGACACAGAGCAGCAACCCUGAUCCAGGCUGUCUACAGAGGGAAGAAGACCAGAGAUUCUCUUGAGAGACAAAAGCGAGCAGCGACCCUGAUCCAGGCGGUCUACAGAGGGAAGAGGACAAGAAAAUCUCUGAUCAGACGACACAGGGCAGCAACCCUGAUCCAGGCAGUCUACAGAGGGAAGAGGACCAGAGACUCUCUUGAGAGACGAUGCAGAGCAGCAACCCUGAUCCAGGCAGUCUACAGAGGGAUGAGGACCAGAAACUCUCUUCAGAGACGACACAGAGCAGCAACCCUGAUCCAGGCGGUCUACAGAGGGAAGAGGACCAGAGGCUCUCUUGAGAGACGACGCAGAGCAGCAACCCUGAUCCAGGCAGUCUACAGAGGGAUGAGGACCAGAAACUCUCUUGAGAGACGACACAGAGCUGCAACCCUGAUCCAGGCAGUCUACAGAGGGAAGAGGACCAGAGACUCUCUUGAGAGACGACACAGAGCUGCAACCCUGAUCCAGGCAGUCUACAGAGGGAUGAGGACCAGAGACUCUCUUCAGAGACGACGCAGAGCAGCAACCCUGAUCCAGGCAGUCUACAGAGGGAAGAGGACCAGAGACUCUCUUGAGAGACAACACAGAGCAGCAACCCUGAUCCAGGCAGUCUACAGAGGGAUGAGGACCAGAGACUCUCUUCAGAGACGACGCAGAGCAGCAACCCUGAUCCAGGCAGUCUACAGAGGGAAGAGGACCAGAGACUCUCUUGAGAGACGACAAAGAGCAGCAACCCUGAUCCAGGCUGUCUACAGAGGGAAGAGGACCAGAGACUCUCUUGAGAGACGACACAGAGCAGCAACCCUGAUCCAGGCUGUCUACAGAGGGAAGAGGACCAGAGACUGUCUUGAGCGACAACACAGAGCAGCAACCCUGAUCCAGGCAGUCUACAGAGGAACGCGAACAAGAAAAUCUCUGAUCAGACGACACAGAGCAUCAACACUGAUCCAGGCAGUCUACAGAGGAACGCGAACAAGAAAAUCUCUGAUCAGACAACACAGAGCAGCAACACUGAUCCAGGCAGUCUACAGAGGGAAGAGGACCAGAGACUCUCUUGAGAGACGACACAGAGCAGCAACUCUGAUCCAGGCAGUCUACAGAGGGAAGAGGACCAGAGACUCUCUUCAGAGACGAUGCAGAGCAGCAACCCUGAUCCAGGCAUUCUACAGAGGGAAGAGGACCAGAGACUGUCUUGAGCGACAACACAGAGCAGCAACCCUGAUCCAGGCAGUCUACAGAGGGAAGAGGACCAGAGACUCUCUUCAGAGACGAUGCAGAGCAGCAACCCUGAUCCAGGCUGUCUACAGAGGGAAGAGGACCAGAGACUGUCUUGAGAGACGACGCAGAGCUGCAACCCUGAUCCAGGCAGUCUACAGAGGGAAGAGGACCAGAGACUCUCUUCAGAGACGACGCAGAGCAGCAACCCUGAUCCAGGCAGUCUACAGAGGGAAGAGGACCAGAGACUCUCUUCAGAGACGAUGCAGAGCAGCAACCCUGAUCCAGGCAUUCUACAGAGGGAAGAGGACCAGAGACUGUCUUGAGCGACAACACAGAGCAUCAACCCUGAUCCAGGCAGUCUACAGAGGAACGCGAACAAGAAAAUCUCUGAUCAGACAACACAGAGCAGCAACACUGAUCCAGGCAGUCUACAGAGGGAAGAGGACCAGAGACUCUCUUGAGAGACGACACAGAGCAGCAACUCUGAUCCAGGCAGUCUACAGAGGGAAGAGGACCAGAGACUCUCUUGAGAGACGACACAGAGCAGCAACCCUGAUCCAGGCAGUUUACAGAGGGAAGAGGACCAGAGACUCUCUUGAGAGACGACACAGAGCCGCAACCCUGAUCCAGGCAGUCUACAGAGGGAUGAGGACCAGGGAGUCUAUGUCUAGACAACAUCAAGCAGCGACCCUGAUACAGGCAGUCUACAGAGGGAAGAGGACCAGAGCCUCUCUUGAGAGACGACACAGAGCAGCAACCCUGAUCCAGGCAGUCUACAGAGGGAAGAGGACCAGAGCCUCUCUUGAGAGACGACACAGAGCAGCAACCCUGAUCCAGGCGGUAUACAGAGGGAAGAGGACCAGAGAAGCUCUUGAGAGACGACACAGAGCAGCAACCCUGAUCCAGGCAGUCUACAGAGGGAUGAGGACCAGGGAGUCUAUGUCUAGACAACAUCAAGCAGCGACCCUGAUACAGGCAGUCUACAGAGGGAAGAGGACCAGAGCCUCUCUUGAGAGACGACACAGAGCAGCAACCCUGAUCCAGGCGGUCUACAGAGGAAAGGGGACAAGAGAGUUUCUGGCCAAACAACAGAAGGCAGCGACCAUUAUCCAGGCGGUCUACCGAGGAAAGCGAACCAGAGAGUCUCUGACCAGACGACACAGAGCAGCAACCCUGAUCCAGGCCGUCUAUAGAGGGAAAAGGGUCCGAAACUCCCUGAAAGAACAAUGCUUUCUGGCUCAGCAGAAUCGUGCAGCAAUCGUGCUGCAGGCGGCAUUCAAGGGUUGGUGGGUGAGAAGGCACAUAGCACGUCUCAAUCGUGCUGCCACGUUGAUACAGACAGCCUUCAGGAGGUUCACAGCUGAAGUCAAGUACCGGGCCAUCCGUCUGUCUGCCCUGACCCUUCAGACUCAUUACCGCCGUUGGCAAUUGCUGCAGCAGGACAGACAACACUUCCUUGAUGUGAAACGUGCUGCCAUCAUCCUGCAGGCGGCAUUCAGAGGCCAUGCAGUCAGGUGGGAGAUCCGCCAUCGGCAUUGUGCUGCCACAGUGAUACAGUCCCACUGGAGGGGCCAUGAAUGCAGACGCCAAUUCCUGAAGACCCGUGACGCAGCUGUCACUCUACAGCGACAAUUCCGUGCGGCUCAGGUCUACCAGCAACAGAGGGUGAGCGUCAUUAGCACAAGGGCGUAUGCCAUCACACUGCAACAAAAUAUCCUAAGCUGGAGCCAGCACCAGCGGCGCCCGGACGAGGUUCAGAGACAACUUCGGUUCACAGCUGCAGUCUUCCAUCAUCUCAAGGCCAUCAAGAUUCAAAGAGCUCUGCGGCGUCACUGGGCUCUGGAGUUUGCCAAAGCCCAGGUCCCAUAUGUUGUGGUCAUCCAGAGCUGGGUGAGGGCCUGGCAGCAGAGGAGGCGCUUCCUACAGGACCGGCACCAUGUGAUCCUGGUCCAGAGAGCAGUCAGACGUUGGUUAGCCUGCCGUGACCGGGCUGCGAACGUCAUCCAGCAGGCAGCCCGACGGUUCCUCCUGCGCAUCCGUCAGCAGAGAGUCCGGCUGGGCAUCAUCCAGGCUCAGGCUCUGUGGAGAGGCCACUGCUCUCGCAAAGUCCAUGACAACCGUCGCAUUAUUGCACUGAGACACAAACUUCGUCAGAUCUCUGCUGAUGUUCAAGACCAGGACAAGCUGGGCCAGAAAACCUCGUCUGCACUAGAUCUACUGCUGCACUACAAACAUGUAUCUGGUAUCCUGGAGGCUCUUAAAAACCUAGAAACCGCCACCAGACUAUCCCCUGUGUGCUGUGAGCGCCUGGUGGAGGGCGGAGCCACUUCAGUGGUCUUCAAGUUGAUCCGCUGCUGUAAUCGCAGUGUCGCAUGUAUGGAUGUCAUCGUUGCUUGUGUCCAGAUUUUGCUUCACCUGUCCAAGUACCAUCGCACAGUUGAGGCUGUGGUCUCGGUGGAUAACUGGUUGGAGACGCUGCUGGAUCUACUGCAGAAGUACCGGGGGAAGAGUGGAGACAAGGUGUCAGAUAAGAGAGGCAGCAUCUUCACUCACGUCUGCCUCCUGCUGAUCGUGCUGCUGCAGGAUCCACAGCGGGCCCAGGUGGUGAUGUCGCAGGUGAAGUUGAUGGAGAGAGUCCAAAGCAUCUACCGCUUGAUGGCUCGUAAACACCACAUGGAGUCCCGGAGAAAUGUCGCCAACAAGAUGUCAACCAACAGCAGCCUGCUGCUUCCUGCCACAGCCAGGCCCCGGCCCCCGCUCAGAUUGACUCCAGACUGGGUCCUUGGCAGAAGAGGCGUCCUAGAUGAGGUGGAUCCACUCAGAGCGAUGCAGAUGUUAGCUGGCCUGUUAUUUGUGCCAUUGUAGAGUCAGUGUUUUCAAGAAACAUUGAGUGUAAAUACUUUUUUUUGUUACUGUUACUGCAGUGUCUCAAUAAACAUACGUU